UAUCUGUAGUUUUAGAUUACUUUUAAUUUAUAAAAGGAAACACUCGGUUGUUUCAGUUAAGCAUUUAAUUUUUAAGCAUAAGAAGAUUAGAUCAAAUUUCUGCUGUAGUAAUGACGUAAUUAGAGUAUUUGAACACGGUUGAACUGUUACAUGUAACUGGGUUCUUUUUAAGUAGUUACUUAUGUUACUCAUUCAUGUGUAACGAUGCUAGUUAUCUUAAUCUUGAGUGAAUAAGUGUAAAGAGGGGUUAAAUAUUUUUGUCAUCUUAUUGAAAGUCAUCUUAACUGUUAAUCCGGUAUUAAAAUUCCACUUUUCUUGUUUUUUUUGUUAAUACCGUUUAUAUUAUUAAGAGACAUACUAAUACACCAAUCAGUUUUCUAAAUUGUCGAGGUAUACGUUCUUAUUGCAGAGGAAACACAUCCACCUUACGAAUCCCUCUUUAUUUAUGUGACAUUGUAUGACGGAGCUCGUCGGAAAGGGGGGUCGCGCACCCCAAAAGCGGGCGAAAAUGGAAGAACCCCACAUGAAUAACGCCACGGGUGUCGAAGUGUACAGACCAUUGCCGCCAACACCGACCACCUCCCUCAAGAUGUCCUCGAUGGAAGAGGAGAGUGUUCGUGACAGACUGAGGACUUCCCUUCUGAAACAGUGUUCUGAUAUUCUGAAAGCUGACGGCGCUACGCGAUUCACUCGUGAUACAUUUAGGAGGCUCUUUCAGGACAAGGAGCUGCUGCAGAGGCUGUUCCAGCUGUUCGACCAGGACCGCGACGACUUGCUCGUUCAGGAGGACUGGGUUGAGUUCCUCAAGGAGCGCCUUACGGACGAGAAACAGAUAGAUUUUGCCGAGCAAGUGGAGAGUGUUGCCUACGUGCUGUGUGGUGACGGCGCCAUUACGCUUGAAAAGUUCUACCAGAUUUUUCAGGCAAAAGGAAUCGUUGAUAAAUUAUUUCGAUUGGUGGAUCAAGACUUGGAUGGAAUGGUUUCCCCUGAUCAAGCCAUGGAGUUCCUAGCUAACCUCAGCAAUGCUCGACCGCGUAGCGGGAUCGACAAGAGCAAUCUGGAAUGGCUGGAGCAGCUGUUCCGGCAGACGGUCGGCAACGAACGGGAGAUAAGACGCGACGACUUUAAGAAGAUCGUCAUCUCCAAGAACCCAUUCUUCACGGAACGGGUGUUUCAGAUCUUUGAUAAGGACAAUUCAGGAUCCAUUUCUCUUCAGGAAUUCAUUGAUUCGAUGCACCAGUUUGCUGGACAGUCACCAGAUGAUAAGAUCCGAUUUCUGUUUAAGGUGUAUGAUUUGGAUGGGGAUGGUCUUAUCCAGCAUCGAGAACUGCAGCACGUGAUGCGUGCGUGCAUGGAAGAGAAUGGUAUGAAAUUUAGUGAAGAACAAAUCGAUGAUCUCACAAUGGCACUGUUUGAAGAUGCUGAUGCAGACAAUAGAGGUACCAUUACAUACGAGGCUCUCAAAAACCAGCUUGAGAAACAUGGAGGUUUAUUAGAAAACUUAUCUAUCAGUAUAGACAGGUGGCUGGUGCCACCCAAACCAAAGCCACCACCACGCUCCCUCCUUGGAAAACUCUCGGCACUGUGCCCAUACCAGUUGUCAAGACCAUACAUGAAGAACAAUUAUGUGUAUCUCAUCUUUCUGGCAUUCUUUGUGCUCGUCAAUAUUGGUCUCUUUGUGUCACGGUCUAUUGAGUAUCGUGAAUCUAAUGGAUUUGUCAUCGUUGCCAGAGCUUGUGGACAGUGCUUGAACUUCAAUUGCAUGUUCAUACUGGUACUGAUGUUGCGCCAGUGCAUCACAUUCCUGCGAACACAUGGAUUUAGCAUGAUUCUGCCCCUUGACCAGCACAUCUACUUCCACAAAUUAACAGGAGUUGUCAUCUUCGUACAAAGUAUUGUCCACACCGUAAUGCACCUCCUCAACUUCAGUGUGGUUGUGGUUAAUCACCCAGUCGUUAAUAAAGACAACUACACUGUGACUGAAUGGCUCUUGACAAGCAAGCCUGGUUUAUUUGGCUUAGUUGGAGGUGUUGCUAACCCAACUGGAAUAUCACUGAUCAUCAUCCUUGUUGUUAUGUUUAUUUGUUCACAGUCAUUUGUCCGGCGUGGUGGAUCUUUUGAGGUAUUCUAUUGGAGUCAUCUACUAUACAUUCCUUUUUGGGUAUUGGUCAUCUUCCAUGGCCCUAACUUUUGGAAGUGGUUCAUUGCUCCAGGUAUCCUAUAUUUGUUUGAGCGCGCUCUUCGCUUUGCCUCGAUGAGCUCAGAGCAUGGUAAAACAUAUAUAAGCUCUGGAUUGCUGCUUCCUUCACGAGUGACACACCUGGUCAUUAAGCGCCCUCACCACUUUGAUUUCCACCCUGGCGACUAUAUUUUUGUCAAUGUUCCUGCUAUUGCUAAGUACGAGUGGCAUCCUUUCACCAUCAGCAGUGCACCUGAGCAGGAAGAUUACAUGUGGCUUCAUAUCCGAGGCGUUGGGGAGUGGACAAACCGCAUGUACAACUACUUUGAGCGUGAACAGGAGAAACUGCAUAAUGCUGAAGAACAAGUUGCUGGGAACAGACAAAUAGUCUUCAAUGGGACCCCAGAACCUAAAGGCAUCAAAAGACUGCAGGUCUCAAUCCAGAGGAAGUUCACAGAUCGUGACAGCUCCACUAGUGGCAGAAGUAAAGUUGUGGACUUAAUGAAAGAGGGCAAUUCCCCUCGAACUGGCUACCUCAAUGAGAGUUCAUCUAGUGACAGUGACUUCAAUCUCAACUCAUCAAUGCCACAUCACUCUGACACUGACAUCGCUGGGCGACACACAGGGAGCAACGACUGCACAAGUCUGACUGGUCCACCCAGAAAACUGACUCCAGAAAAGAAGUUGCAUAUGCUCCUGAUGACCAGGAAGUCUCCAUUGUCAAAGUCACUCUCCAUGCCUGAUAUACAGACACGUGUGAAGAAAAGGGAGCGACUAAUGGCGCUUCGUGAAUACAUGCGCUCGGAGUCAGAGAAGAGUUUUGAUGAGUGUCAGAUUCGCCGGGCUCGAUUACAGUCGCUAGGUCUAGCAUACCUGAGUCCACAGAACAAGUCAUUAGCACAGAGUUUUCGGUAUAUGCGGAACAAACCUACAAUCAUCGCAUUUAAGACACCAAGUCUUGAACACUGUGAGGCUACAGCAGCCCUCCUUCCCAGUGGUAGUUCUCAGAACACCGAGGGAGCAGCCGAAGAAGGUAGAUCACCGGCAGUAACAAAGUUAGGCACUCACAGUGAAGAUAUUGGCCUGGAGGCUGUGUCUGUGAGGCCUCCCUUUACGCCAAUGAACUUUCCAGUUGGAAAACCUCUGGAACCAAUCAAUGAAGAAUGUCUUACUGAAUCCACAGCAGAAGGUUUAGGUUUGGAGAUCUACCUAGAUGGCCCAUAUGGCGCUCCUUCAAGCCACAUAUUCCGUGCUCAACAUGCUGUGCUGAUAGCAACAGGCAUUGGUGUUACUCCAUUUGCCUCCAUUUUGCAGUCCAUCAUGCACCGGUACUGGAAAGCCCGUCACUGUUGUCCCAAGUGCAAGUUUGCGUGGGCGAGUGAUAUCCCUGCCACAGUCAUGAACUUGCGCAAGGUGGACUUCUUCUGGAUCAAUCGAGACCAGCGUUCGUUUGAGUGGUUUGUAAAUCUGCUGUCGCAACUCGAGAUUGAGCAGGCAGAACUUGGUGGGGCAAUGGAGAGAUUCCUGGAGAUGCACAUGUACAUCACCAGUGCUCUGCAGAAGACGGACAUGAAGGCUGUGGGACUGCAGCUUGCACUGGACCUUCUGCAUGAGAAGGAGAAACGUGAUUUAAUUACUGGUUUGAAGACACGAACCAAUGCAGGCCGUCCCAAUUGGGACAAAGUGUUCAAGCAGCUCCUGGACCAGGAGAAGGGAAAGGUGACAGUUUUUUAUUGUGGACCGCCACAGCUUGGCAGGAUACUGCGGGUCAAGUGUGACCAAUUUGGCUUCAGCUUCCGCAAGGAGGUCUUUUAAAGACAGAUGUUUUUGACACUGCUGGCAGCUGUGUGCAGUGGUUAUUCAGUUAAGAUGAAGAAGAAAAUCCAACAGAGGUUUUGCAGUUACACAUCCUCACAUGUGCAGUGAAUAAUUCAGAUUAUUUUCAGUAAAGAUUAAGUAUGUUAAAGUUCUAUUUCUGCUCAGUGAAUUAUUUAUUUUAAUUUAAAUACUUUUUAUGUAGAUUAAUAUAAGUGAAAGGGCCUUCACUUUCAGAAGAAUGAACUUCAAUACUGAAAUAGGCUGUAUGUGGGAAGAUACAAGAAUAUGAUCUUACCUGAUAGAAGCAAUCUCCUCAUCUACUACAAAAUCACAUAAUUUACUCCCUUGUUUUCAAUCAUUGAAAUUUUAAAAUUGAGGUUAUGAAAUAUAUGAAUAUGUCUUACAGUCAACACACGAUGAUAUUGAUACCAGACCUGACAAGAAGAUGCUGUUGCUGUGGGGUGUUAUUUGUUUUUAAAGGAGCUAUUACAGUUUUUGGGUACUAAUUGUGAUUUAGAGCUGUGGAGCAGGAAACUGAUAAUAUAUAUUACCAGUAGUAAGUUAGAGUCAACAUGAAUAAGCUGACUGGCUAUAAAGAGAGAUAAAAUAAAGUUACACUGAAGAAAUAAUUCAUGUUAAGUGGUUUUAUUAUCUUUGCUGUCACUUAAGUUUAUGGUUGGUGUUAGAAGGAAUAACUAGGAUUGCUUUAACUCUUCAGAAGUUUAAAUUAAUCUUCCAGGAGAUUUGAUUCAGUUGAGUAAAAAAUGGUAAAAGUCAAUUAUUAAUGAUUUUAAGUGUGUUUGUGAUUUAUUACGAAAAUUGCACUUGGUAUUUUGGUUCCAAGAAUAACACAGUGCACAAAGACUGUCUAAACUCAAUGCUAAAACAUGACCAAGACCAGCUUAUAUAUCUUGAGGGUAUGACCCCGGUCGUGGGAAAUAGUGGAUGUACGAAUAAAAAUUUUACCUUGGAAGCAGUUAUGAAACAUUAGUCAUUAAAUUGUUUCUGCAAAAUAUAUGUGUAAAAAUCUGUAGAAAAUAAUACUUACAAUGCUCUGUACAUUCCAGGCACUUCAUGUAUUGUACAAUGUGAUGAUGUCACUAAUGUAUAUAAAAGUGUGAAUAAUGUUAUGUAUAUUUAUCUGUACUGUGUGAUCAAAUGUAAUAUUUAUUAUGUAAUCUAUAGUGAAAUGUAUCAUUAUGUAGUGUAUGUGUUUUUUAAUUGAUAUAGCAUAAAUGUAUUAUAAGGGUAA